AUGUCAUCGCCUAAGUCUAACGGUCUCGACGAGAAACAGUCCGACACGCUGGCGACAGGCUCGGAAGGCGCUGUGAGUGAUGUAGGAGACGAUGACCCCAAUAUCAGCAGUCCCGAAUCGAAUAGCUCAAGUAUUGACGCGGACGCGAGGCAAGAUGCUGAAAAGGUACCUGCACUUCAGGGCAUCCGACCAGACGGUAAGGAGGCAUCAGAAGACGGAGACAGCGAGGGCAGUUUUGAUGAGGACGAGGAUGAUUCCGAAGACGAGGACGACGACGAGCCAGCGCUCAAGUACGAGCGUUUAGGCGGAAUUACACAAAGUCUUCUACAAAAGGGCUCUAUAUCUGUCCUGGCUCAUGCGAACCAACGACUAGUUCGUACCUUUGCGUUAUUCUUCUCCUUCCACGUUGUAAUUCCUCUCCAGGCCUUGGGUACGCACGACGGCAUGCUUCAUGUACUCGACCUGUCCGGUACCCAUGUGAAGUCGUUUGAGGCGCACAGUGCGUACGUGACAGAUAUUUCUAUGGACCUCAGCGCCGAGUGGAUAGCUACGACGUCGAUAGACGGUGAGACCUCUGUUAUUUAUGUUGAUUCGUUCGUCAGGGUGGCUUCGAUCGCUACAUCUCGAAUCUCAGACGAGUUCCCUCGUCAAGUUGUCAUACAUUCGGUCUCUACUUCUGAAUCUCAGACUUUCAGAGCAAAACGCUCUCUCCGCUCAGUUGCUCUCGAACCGAAUUUUGCCAAGAGUGGUACUCGGUCGGUUGUCUAUGGCGGAAUGGAGGGGUCGUUGGUUUUGCAAGAAAAGGGAUGGCUGGGAUACAAAGAGACCGUUCUGCACUCCAACGAAGGCCCUGUAUGGAAGGUGCGAUGGCGAGGUAGGUUGAUCGCAUGGGCGAACGACUUGGGCGUGAAGAUUUACGAUACCGUCUCGCAGACGCGCAUUACCUUCAUUGAUAGGCCUGCAGAUAGCCCACGAGCAGACUUAUUUGGAUGCACUCUGCAUUGGCAAGACGACUCUACUCUACUCGUCGCCUGGGCAGACCAAAUCAAGGUUGCGCGCAUCCGGGCACGACCGAGGACUGUCACCACGUCGUCUUCCGCCAAUUUGCCACCGUAUCUGGUUGAGGUCACAGCUGUCUUCCAGUUAGAUUGUAUGGUCGCCGGAAUAGUCCCACACCCUUUGACGUCUUCACCACCAACAUUAAUUCCUAGCUCUGCAAGUGUCACCUCUACGCCCUCGUCUCAUCAAACGACAGAGGCGAUGGCCCCAUCUACGAUGCAAACAGCACCACCGCCUCCGCUUACAGCAUUUUUACUUUUAGCAUACUCGCCUCCGGACACGUCCCUACUUACAGGCAAUGAAGCUACAUCAAACCGUGACGAGCAGGCUCGCAAGGCUGCUGAACGUCCAGAGCUUCGAAUCGUUUCACGUGGCGGUGAAGAGUUGGCCUCGGAUGCGCUAGGCAUUUCCAACUACGAGCGAUGGGGUUGCAACGACUAUCAUCUUGUAGAGGUAGAGGCAGGAGCUGUGACAGGAGGUGCGGAUAACAGAUACUAUAUCGUGGUCAGCCCGAAGGAUGUGGUAGUGGUGAAGCCGCGGGAUUGGAGGGAUCAUGUUGCGUGGCUAGUCGAGCGGAAGAGGUAUGAGGAAGCGUUGGACGAGAUCGAACGACAGGCUGGGAUGGGUAUCGCAGGCGGUCCCGGUGAAGAAGCCGUAGAUGCGGUCGACAUUGGACAACGGUAUAUCGAGCAUUUGGUCAGCGAAGGCGAGUUUAUCAAGGCAGCACGUCUAUGUCCGAAAGUCUGUGGACAAGACGUGAAGCGAUGGGAGGACUGGAUCUUCUUCUUUGCCCAGAAGCUCCAACUGCAGGCUAUAAUCCCCUACGUACCUACUGAUGCUCCCACUUUGGGCCAUUUGGUCUAUGAGAUGAUUAUGGCCUAUUAUCUGGCAAAUGAUCGACAGAUGCUGCUUCAAACAAUCAAGAGCUGGCCCAAGGGUAUAUAUGACAUUUCCGCUGUCAUUGUUGCGGUGCAAGCGGAGCUCGAUCGUUCCCCGUCGUCCUCCUCUGCGAGAACCACUUCGUCGGAGACAGUGUUACUCAUGGAAUCACUGGCAGAGCUCUACACCAAUAACCGUCAGCCCGGAAAGGCCCUGCCUUUCUUCCUCCGUCUGCGGCGUCCAAAUGUCUUCGACCUCAUUCGGGAAAAUAACCUCUUCACUGCGGUUCAAGAUCAAGUCCUUCUGCUGGUCGAAUUCGAUCAUGAACUCAUGGAGAUACGCAAGAAGGGUGGCGAAGAUGUCGACUUUGACCAUAACAGCACCGCUAUCAUACUUCUCGUGGAUCACAUCCACUCGAUUCCCAUAGGGCGUGUUGUGCAACAGCUCCAAAGCCGUCCCUACUAUCUUUACAUGUACCUCGACGCCCUCUUUCAUAAGGAUCCUCAGCUCACUUCGGACUUCGCAGACGUUCAGGUCAAACUGUAUGCCGAGUAUGCUUCUGACCACUUGAUCGACUUCUUGAGAGCAAGCAAUUACUAUAGCUUGGAGGAGGCAUACAACAUUUGUAACGAUCGAGAUAUGGUCCCUGAGAUGGUAUUCCUUCUAGGCCGAAUGGGGAACAACAAGAAGGCUCUUACCCUCAUCAUUGAACGCAUGGGAGAUGUCAAUCGAGCUAUUGACUUCGCGAAGGGGCAACAUGAUGAUGACUUAUGGGAAGAUCUGCUCAGAUAUUCGGAAACUCGCCCAUCGUUCAUCCGAGGCCUUCUUGAGAAUGUCGGAGCCGAGAUUGACCCAAUCAGGUUGAUCAGACGCAUCAAGAACGGGCUGGAAAUACCUGGUCUCAAGGGUGCCCUGAUAAAGAUUCUCCAUGACUUUAAUCUCCAGACAUCGCUCCUUGAAGGGUGUCAGAUGAUUCUCGACGGAGACUGUGCUGAACUUGCACGUCAUCUGCAUCGGAAUCAAACAACGGGCUUUUUUAUAAGUUACAUUAUGUCCCGUAUGCAGUCUUCCCUUACAACAGUACCCGCACGACUUUAUGUUGCUCUAUAUGUGCCGACACGUAGUUCAUUUACAUUGUGUUCCUAA